AAACUGGCACAAGAUAUAAAUGAUCUGUUUACUUUAAAUCUUCUUUAUUAAAAUGAACAGUUAAACAUAUAUCUAACUUCAUGAAUUCAUAUUCUGGGACAACCCCCCCAAGUUAAAAUAACUCACAGAAACAUGUAAAUAUGAAUAUAAGCAUUAAAAUAUCCCACAUGAAGCCCAGACGGUCCGGUCCGGUGGAUCCAGUUCGGGAUCUCCCUCUGGCGGCUAAAGCUAAAGCUAAGCUAGUUCUCUAACCGUUAGCUGCUCCGGUAACCGGGUCCGUUAAUCUGCCCCUUCCCAAUGAGCCUUUUAAUUACCGGUACACACGGGUAAUAAACGGUAAUACUCGGUGAUAUCCUCCCCCUAUCAGGAAGACCCGAUCCCCCUUUAGACCCCCCCCAUCAGCCGCCAGUCUCUGCUAACGGUUAGCCUCACAGCCAACAACAUGGCGGACAGCGGUCCCUCCUGGAGAAAAACAUCCGGGGAUCAGAGCUCCAAACCCGGGGAGAGAGCACCGUCAGAGUCCGGGGAUCAGAGCUCCAAACCAGGGGAGAGAGCACCGUCAGAGAUCGAGGAUCAGAGCUCCAAUCCAGGGGAGAAAGCACCGUCAGAGACCGAGGAUCAGAGCUCCAAACCCGGGGAGAGAGCAACGUCAGAGACCGAGGAUCAGAGCUCCAAACCCGUGGAGAGAGCACCGCCAGAGACCGAGGAUCAGAGCUCCAAACCCGGGGAGAGAGCACCGUCAGAGUCCGGGGAUCAGAGCACCCAGCAUGGGGAGAGAGCACCUUCAGAGACCCCCUCUGAGAGCACCCAGCCCGGGGAGAGAGCACCGUCAGAGACCCCCUCUGAGAGCACCCAGCCCGGGGAGAGAGCACCGUCAGAGACCCCCUCCGAGAGCACCCAGCCCGGGGAGGUAUCAGAGUCCGGUUCUGAGAGCACCCAGCUUAUGGAGGUAUCAGAGUCCGGUUCUGAGAGAACCCAGCCCAUGGACAGUUUAGCAGCAGGGUCUGGAGCCCAGCUGGUGGACUUGUUGCAGAGCUGCCCAGAACAGACCCUCCUGCUGGGCUCAGAGUUCUCCGGGCUGGGUCCAGACCUGGCCAACACCACCAUCAUCUACGUGCAGGCAGACGGCAGCCUGGUGGAGGGGUCGGGUCUGACGGCUGAGGAGCAGCAGGCCCUGCUGGAGCAGCUGACCCAGCAGCAGGUGGUCCAGGUCUCUGACAGCGAGGCGGCCCAGCUGCUGCAUCAGAGCCAGCUGCUCAGAACCACCACGACCCACAACACAGCUCUGGACCCCAGCCAGCUGCAGCAGGUCAUCAACCAGGUCACCAAGUCCCAGCAGCAGGUCCAGGUCCCCCAGCAGAACCUGAAGCAGGUCCAGGUCUCCCAGCAGAACCUGAAGCAGGUCCAGGUCCCCCAGCAGAACCUGAAGCAGGUCCAGGUCUCCCAGCAGAACCUGAAGCAGGUCCAGGUCUCCCAGCAGAACCUGAAGCAGGUCCAGGUCCCCCAGCAGAACCUGAAGAACGCCUCCCAGCAGCUGAAGACUGCAGCCCAGCAGGUGGCCAUGCAGACCGGAGGCUCGGUGCAGGUGAUCCAGAAGAAGCCCGAGCCCGUCAGGAUCCAGAUCCAGGUUCCUUCCAAACAGGAAGUGAAGUCUGGGCCCGCCCCCCAGCAAGGGAUUGUAGCUGUUAAUCAUCCGCAUGUGAAGCUGUCGGCCAAUGGCAGCGCUCAGAUCCUCCACCUCCAGCCUGUGAUUGGCCAGCAGGGUCAGCAGUUCUUCCUGCAGCAGGGGGACGCCCCCAUCCAGCUGCUGCUCCACAGCCCCGCCCCUGUCCCAGGAUCUCUGCUCCCAUUGGUCCACAAGCUCACAGGCCAGACCCCCUCCUCCAGUCAGAAGCCCCCUGUCAGAGUCCAGCCCCCUGCUGUCAUCAGGACCGAAGCUAAGACUGCUAGCAUCCCGCUAAUCAAAACGAGUACGAGUCCCAGUACACCGGUACAGGGUCCCGUUAAACUGGUACAGGGUCCCGUUAAACUGGUACAGGGUCCCGUUAAACCGGUACAGAGUCCCGUUAAACCGGUACAGAGCCCCGUUAAACUGGUACAGAGUCCCGUUAAACCGGUACAGAGCCCCCGCCCCCCUGUGAGGGACAAAGAGCAGAAGAAGAGGAAGAGAGAGAGCAAGGCAGCCAAGGUGCAGACUCGGUCCGGGCGAGUCUCCCGACCCCCCAAGUAUAAAGCUAAAGACUACAAGUUCAUAAAGACGGAGGACCUGGCCGACAGCCACCAGUCCGACUCGGACGAUUAUUCCGACCUGAGCGAGGAGGAGGAGGGAGGUCCAGGCCUCGCCCCCCCCCUCACCUGCAGCCACAAGUCCCGCCCCCACAGCUGCCAGACCUGCGAUAAAGCCUACAUCGGGGCGGGAGGCCUGAACCGUCACUACAGACUGAACCCAACACAUGGAGAGCCUGAUCCGCCCGGAGACACGCCACGCCCCCUUAGUGACGACAGCCAACCAGAGGAGACCACGGCAGGACGAAGAGAGGAGGAAGAGGAGGAGGAGGAGGAGAAACCUGUUGCCAUGACAACAAGCCGAGUGGAGGGGGGUCCAGCUGCAGGACUCAGGGGCCUGCCCCCCCGCCGGGGACCUGGACGCCCCCGAGGGAGGGGCCGAGGGAGGGGGCGGGGCCGAGUGCUGGGACCGCCUCCAAAGGUGGUGGGGGGGCUCGUCAGCAGACGGGGUCGCCGCGGAAGACCCCCGAAGCUGGCCGUCACCAUGGCAACAGCAGAGCAGCUGGCAGAGAGGAGGAGAGAGCGGCUGCAGGAGGUGGUGCAGCAGUGUGGGGACCAGGAGCUGGUGGAGGCUCUGCUCCCUCGACUCUCAGAGAAGAUCAGUCUGUGGGAGCUGCUGCUGGCUAAGGUGGACGGGGGGGCAGCGACUCGGUUCCCUGACAUGUACCGAGAGUUUGAGUCUCUGCAGGCUCAGGUGAGACAGGCGGCGCAGGAUUACAUCAUCAGUCCUCAGGCCGGGGGGGCGCCGCUGGAGGUCCGCAACAUCGAGGUGGCCAGGUCUCUUGGGAUCCUAGAUGAGGUGAACCGGAUGAAGGUACUUCCUGGAUCGUCUCCCAGUCUGACCAAUAAGAGCGUACGAUACCUGGAGAAUUCAAAGAUGCUGCCGCCCUCAAAGAGAUUCAAGAUGGAGAACCGGGUUCAGCAGAACGGGGUCACAGGUCCAGUGUUUGGCCCCUCAGGCUCCUCCCCCUUGAAGUCUGUCUCUGACUCCGCCUCCAGCUCCUGCCCCCCCGCUGAGGCCCGGACCCUGAUGAAGGAGGAGGUUCUGGGACCAGGGUCUGAGUCCGCCCCCCCCGAGGAGCAGAUCUACCUCCAGACGGGGGGCCUGACGGUGCAGCCCGGGGACCGGAUGGUGAUCCUGAACGGGCCGGACGGGACCACCAUGCAGAUCCAGACCCCCGAGGGGGUUCCUCUGGAGGGGGUUCCUUUGGAGGGGGUUCCUCUGGAGGCGCUGCUGGGCAUCGAGGCUCCGCAGUGAGACCUGGACUCUGACCCCCCCUGAGAUCUUCCUGUUUUUAAGGAUCUGGACUCUGUACAUGUGUAAAGUUUUUUGUUUGUGUUUAAACUUUAUUGACAGCAGACUCUGUUGUAGAUAAACCUGAAGACGUUUAAGAAGUGCACUAUUUUAUUACUUUUUAUAAAACCAGUGACCAUGAAUUAAACACGUUUCAUGUUCCAGAAUAAA